CUUCUGUCCUGCUUUUGCAGCUACGCGGGUUAUGGCAACCAGGGAAACCAAAACUACGGACAGACGCCGCAGGGCUAUCCUGGCUACGAGUCGAGCGCAGAGAACUCCUCUUACGGGCAGAGCUAUGGAAACUAUCAAGGAAGCUACGGACAGACCCAGACAGGUUACGGCCAAGGCAGCCAACCAGGAUACAGCGGAUAUGAAAGCCAGAAUCAGACCUCUUAUAACCAAGACUCUUACGGCAACCAGGGGCAGCAGAAAGAUUCCUCAGGAGGUUUAAGGUCCUCGUAUGACCAGAAGCCCAGCUAUGGCCAGCCACCUGGUUCCUACGACCAACCCUCGGGCUACAGCCAGCAGCCACGGCCUUUCGACCAGCAGUCCAGCUACAGCCAACAGGGACAGCAGCACGGCUCCUAUGAUCAGCCGUCGGGCUACAGCCAGAACCGAGGCUCCUAUGACCAGCAGCCGCCGCCGCCGCCUCCUCCCCCGUCCCAGGGCUACGGGCAGGCGCAAGGCUCGUACAACCAGAAGUCCAGCUACGGCCAGCAACCCGGGUCCUACAGCCAGAGCCAGCCCUCUUACCAGUCGCAGCAGAAAGACAGCUACGGCCACAACAUGCCAGACGACCGCCGGGAUAAGAGUAGGUAUGGAGAAGAUUCCCGAGGCUACGGUGGGCCGCGAGGAGGCGGAAGCAGGUUCGAUUCCGACAACCGGGGCCCAAUGCCUGGCUUAAGCGGUGCUGACCGAGGUGGCUUCAAAAAUUUUGGUGGUCAGAGGGAUUAUGGGCAGAAACCAGACACAGAUUCAGAGUCUGACAACUCGGAUAACAACACCAUCUUCGUCCAAGGGCUCGGGGAAGAGGUAUCACCGGAUCAAGUGGCCGACUUCUUUAAGCAAAUAGGUGUCAUAAAGACGAAUAAAAAGACAGGCAAACUUAUGAUCAACCUUUACACAGACAAAGAUACCGGCAAGCCGAAGGGUGAAGCGACAGUGUCCUUCGAUGACCCCCCGUCGGCCAAGGCGGCCAUUGACUGGUUUGACGGAAAAGAAUUUAACGGCAACGUCAUCCGGGUUUCGUUUGCAACUCGAAGGCCAGAAUUCAUGCGAGGAGGCGGCACCGGGGGCGGUGGACGCCGAGGUUCGCGAGGAGGAGGGGGCUUUGGAAGAGGCGGAGGCUUCCAGGGACGAGGCAGCGAACCGAAAAGUGGCGACUGGGUUUGCCCGAACCCGAGCUGUGGGAACAUGAAUUUUGCCCGCCGGAAUUCUUGCAAUCAGUGUAACGAACCUCGGCCGGAAGAUUUGCGUCCGCCAGGAGGAGGAGGAGGAGGAGACUUCCGUGGCCGAGGAGGCUUUGGAGGCGACCGGGGGUUCCGUGGCCGUGGUGGCCGAGGCGGCGGCGGCGGUUUUGGUGGCAAAAUGGGAGGAAGGAACGACUUUAGAAAUGAUCAACGCAGCCGACCCUACUGAAAACAGCUGUGAAUGUCCCCUUCCUCUUCCUCACGGCUUUGGCCAGCCAACUUUGCUGAGUUUCGCCUGCUGCUUUAUACCCCCAUGGCCUCUUUUGGAUAAUGGAAUUAAGUGUAAAACUGGAUUCUUAAUUUGGGAAGGGGGAGAGGGCGGGUUUCAGGGUGGUUUUUCCCCCUUUUCUUUUCUUUUCUAAUUAGCACGUCCAUCAAAAUUUCAUUUCCCCCACCUCCCAUCAUGCCCCCCUUUUCCACUGUCUGAAUUCUAAAGGAAGGAAGGAAAUGUAAAAUAUUUGCCAAAACUCUGACCUGUUUUAUAAUACAAACAAUAAAAGCUGAUUGUUUAUUUGUGA